AUGUUUUCUGGGAAGAUCUUUGGUGACAAGAAAGUUGCCCAACAAUUCCAGGAUCAUAAAAGAUGCUUGGCCGAGCGUGAGUUUGAAGCAUUAAAGGAACGGGUUGCAGGGAAGAGGACAGGGUUUACAAGAGUUUCCUGCAUAAAUGCUACUCUUCCUUUGUCACAGCUGUCAAGCGUCUCAGAAGAUUUAUGUGCUGCAUGUAAGUUUAGUGAUGAUGGAGAAGAUCGAGUAGUAGUUGGGACCCUUGAUCUUAAUCAGUGUCUUAGACUUCCUGAUGAAAUUACAGGAAAGAAACCUGAGGGGAUUGGAGCUGAUUUUGCAAGAGCAUACCUGAGCAAUGUAUGUGUAGCUAAGGAACUUCAAAGAAAUGGUUUAGGUUAUGAACUUAUUGCAAAGUCAAAGAUAGUGGCUCGGGAAUGGGGCAUAACUGAUCUGUAUGUCCAUGUCGCUGUGAACAAUGAACCAGCUAAGAAAUUAUACAUGAAGAGUGGUUUUGUCUUUGAAAACGAUGAGCCUGCAUGGCAAGCCAGGUUUCUAGACCGGCCUCGGAGGCUUCUACUCUGGUUGGGUCUCUCGGGCACGCAUGAUUUGUGAUGUUAUAUCCAUCUCCUCUCCCAAAUGCUUCACUGCUGAUUUGUUUGUACAUGUUUAUAGUUUCUGAAUCUUCUUUAUAUUCAAAAUGUAUAAAGCUACUCUGAA